AUGGCUACUUUUCCUACUCUUCAUGCCUUGCACAACCUUUUUCCUCGAUCACAAUUCCUAGGUCAAGAUCACCUUCUCACUCAUCACUUACCUCUCAAACAACCAUCUUCCACAGGGCUUCCAAAAGCACCACCAACUCAUGAGGUGCUAAAGCCACAAGCCAAGUUCAACAUAUUGGAAAUGAUGGGAGGGAGAGGACUGUGCAACGGGGAAAAGGGUCUUCAGCAAGAACUGAAAAGGAAACUUGUUGAUGAACAGCUUCCACCCUCAGCAUCAAGUGGAAAAGAGCAAGAAGAUGAAGGUGGUGAUGAAGGAACUGGUGAGGUUCCAGAAGAUGGUUUUGAGAAAGAAAUGAUGGGGCUUACGGGGGGAUUCCCUGGGGGUGAGAAAGGGUUGAAAAAGUUCAUUGAAAAAAACCCUCCUCCUAAACCAGAUAAUGUUUUGACUACGUCAUUUUGA